UGUGAGGCAGAACUCGUUUGUCUGCUCCUCACUUCCACAGCACCAGGCAAUAAGAGUCUCUUUGUCAGAGGAGCAGAGCACUGGGCCAGAGCACACACUCUGAGGCCUUUUGGGUGAGACAGCCCACCUCUCCCUCUGGGGUUUCGGUUUCCCCCCCCACCCAGGCGGCAUCAUAAGGUGCCCCAUUUUGGGCACAAGAGGCCAAAGGCUCCAGUCUGCAUGUGACGAGGGAGCGAGGAGCAGCAAACGCUGGAUCUGCCCAUCCUGGAAAGGACUGCCCUGCAUCCAGCUUCCUGACCUAUUAGAAGGGCUAGAGCAAGCCCCAAAGAAGGGAAGCUCCAUCCCCAUUCAAAGGAACCAGCUGCGGGGACAGGAAAGGCAUUUCUGUGGCUGUGGCUGUGGCUUCUCUCCAAGAUAAAUGCAUCAAGAAAGAGAGGAACUGAAUCCCUGUGAGAUGCAAUGGAGACCCCUGGUAGCCCUCCGCCCUCUGUCACUCCCAACUGGAACACAUUUCCCCAACAGAUCUUGGAGGCUGUGGACAUUGUUGUUCUUGUUCUGUACUUUGUAUUCGUCCUGGCGGUUGGAUUGUGGUCCAUGUGGAGGACAAAGCGAAGCACGGUGAAGGGUUAUUUCCUGGCUGGAGGAAAGAUGGUUUGGUGGCCUGUGGGUGCAUCCCUGUUUGCUAGUAAUGUUGGGAGUGGGCAUUUCAUAGGCCUGGCUGGAUCAGGGGCAGCAUCAGGAAUCGCUGCGACGGCAUAUGAGUGGAACGGAAUGUUUAAUGUUUUGGUGCUGGCCUGGCUAUUUCUUCCUAUUUACAUAGCAGCUGGGGUUACAACCAUGCCUGAGUACUUACAGAAACGCUUUGGUGGCAAAAGAAUACAGAUCUUCCUGGCAAUUCUCUAUUUGUUUAUAUAUAUAUUCACCAAAAUAUCAGUUGAUAUGUAUGCUGGGGCCCUGUUCAUUCAGCAAGCCUUACACUGGGACCUCUAUGUUGCUGUCAUAGGUCUGCUGGCAAUCACUGCUAUUUACACUGUCGCAGGUGGCCUGGCAGCUGUGAUUUACACAGACACUCUGCAGACUGUCAUCAUGCUGGCUGGGGGAUUAACUCUUAUGGGGUUCAGCUUUGUUAAAAUUGGUGGGCUUGAAAGUUUGCAGGCCAAAUACUUUAAAGCCAUUGCUAGUAGCCACAAAGGAAACAGUACCUGUGGCUUACCAAGAGAAGAUGCCUUCCACAUUUUCCGAGACCCUGUCACCUCUGACCUUCCCUGGCCAGGAGUUCUGAUUGGAAUGACCAUCCCAUCUCUCUGGUACUGGUGUACAGAUCAGGUCAUUGUUCAAAGGUCCCUGGCAGCUAAAAACCUCUGUCAUGCCAAAGGAGGUUCGUUGUUGGCCUCCUAUCUGAAAAUUUUGCCUCUCUUCAUGAUAGUGAUGCCAGGCAUGAUCAGCCGGGUUCUCUUCCCAGACCUGGUGGCUUGUGCAGACCCAGAAAUCUGUCGGAAAGUCUGUGGCAACCCAUCUGGCUGUUCUGAUAUUGCUUACCCCAAACUGGUCAUAGAACUGCUGCCUCUAGGGCUCAGAGGCCUCAUGAUGUCGGUGAUGAUUUCAGCCCUUAUGUCCUCCCUGACUUCCAUCUUUAACAGCUCCAGCACCAUAUUCACCAUGGAUCUCUGGCGGCACUUCCGGCCCCGUUCUUCUGAGUGGGAACUUAUGCUUGUGGGCAGGGUGUUUGUGCUGCUGCUCGUGGUGGUGUCCAUUCUGUGGAUCCCACUGGUUCAGGCCAGCCAAGGAGGGCAGCUAUUUAUUUACAUCCAGACAAUCAGCUCCUACCUACAGCCCCCUGUGGCCAUGGUUUUCAUCCUGGGCUGUUUCUGGAAGAGAACGAAUGAACAGGGUGCAUUCUGGGGCCUGCUGACUGGCAUGCUGCUGGGCUUCAUCCGGCUGGUGCUGGACUUUAUCUACCUGCAGCCCCAAUGUGGGGAGCCAGACCACCGGCCAGCCGUGGUGAGAUACGUGCACUACCUGUACUUCUCCAUGAUCCUCAGUGUCAUCACAACAGUCACUGUGGUGGUCGUGAGCCUGCUCACAGAACCUCCCUCGGAAGAAAUGAUCAGUCAUCUCACCUGGUUCACACGCUGGGAUCGACCAGCAAAAAAACACCCAGCAGUCAGUACUUCUCCUGAUACUGGAAGUGAUGUAUGUAAGUCUGAAUGUCCACCUGCCCAGCUCGAUAUUAGCGUUGUUCCUGAAAAUAUUUCCAAUGACAAUACAAGUGUGACUGGUACUCAGAAAGGGUCUAAACUGAAGAGAGUCUUCUUGUGGCUCUGUGGGAUGGAGAGCAAACAAGAACAUCCUCCUGAGAACACAGCUCCUACCAGCCCUGAACAUGCUGUGGCUUCCUUGGAUGAGCAGCCUUUGGUGAAACACAUUCUGAACAUCAACUUGAUACUAUGCAUAUGUGCCGGCAUUUUCCUCUGGGGCUACUUUGCAUAGCAGCUUGCCAGAUGACUCAAGGGACACUGUCAGCUAAUUUUAGGCCCUCAAAUUAAGAUUGGUGUAAAUAAUAAUAAUAAUAUAAUCAGUGAUGGUUCAGCGUGAUUUGUAAUCCAUUCUUACAUUUCAUAGGAAAAAAACUUAAGUAUUUUAGUUACACUUAACAAAGGACUCGCUCCUGAGAGUUGCUGAGCUUCUUUAUCUUUGGCUUCAGCACCAAUGAGAUUAGGCCCCAGACAGUGAUAGGCUAUGCGUGUGUAAGGGGCUGGGGGCAGUUUGGAAGGCAGAAGGGAUUUGUUUGGUUAUGUUUCACAUCUUGAUAGUUUUGCUCUUAAACCACUAGGGACUCAGGAUAUCUGCCUGACCUGUGUAAAGCACUUACUUUCUCUGUGCCUUAACUCCCCCAUCUGUAAGAAUGGGUAAUAAUAAUCCUUCCCUACCUCCAAGCGGUGCUGUGAGGAUCAAUAUUUAUGUUUGCAGGGUACACAGAUACUGUAGUGAUGGGGACAGUAUUGUCAUGUAGAGAUACUAUAUCCAUUAAGUAAAACAAAACAUUACACCAAAAUGUCUGUACAUGGAUAAAUGUGUAUGUGUGUCUGUUGUACAGCUCAUAGGUUCCAUUGGCAUUUCUGUAAUA